CUCGACAAUAACAUUACAGAUGUUAUUGUUGCUAAUGGAUUCGUUAAGUCUGGGCUUUAUCCAUUCAAUGCAGAUUCAAUCGACUAUGGACAACUUUUAAAACGGCAGAAAUCGGACGAUAGUGUUGAUAUCAGCAUCGGAAACCCUGUGCCGUUACCUGAACAUCGAUCGUCACCAUUUCUGGAACAAUUCGAAUGUAAAUUGGAUGCGAGCUUGCUACAAUCUUUCAAGAAUUCGGCAGAUAAGUGGGCAGGAAGGUGCGAGGAUACGUCACUGUUUCAAUUUUGGACAAGUAUCGGUGGCCGGACAAUUCCGCAGAAUGGUUCCGAAAGUGAACGAAACAGCUUGGUGGUAAUUUCCGAUCAAGAUAUUGAAAUCGAAUAUCUUGAUACAACCUACGAAGAGUGCCUAGAGCACGUUCAGAUAAUUGAGAUCCUCAAUUCGAGCAGCAAUGUCACGGAAUUGGGUGCCGUCAUCGAAAUUAACGAUGCCAAGGUGGAAUCUGCUGAUGCCUCUACAGCAACCACUACAUCAAAAGUUCAAAGCGCUGUGGGUGUUUCAAUUUACGACGCAAGUGUUCCGGAUAAUCUAAAUUUGGAGACCGAAAGCAUUCCGUGUGAUGAUGACGAUCUCGACACGGCUACACCAUUGAACGACUCAGAUGACGAAAUGAGCUUGAAUUCGACCGACGAAGACGCAACUACUGAUAUGAUCGACGCAACUGUGCCAAGUGACGACUUUUCACAUGUACCUGCUGGCUUUCCGAAAUACUUUCAAGAUUCAAUGUUUUGGCCAGGGAGAGCAUCCGUCAGUUCGACAUCGUCAACGUCUAAACCGAAGCGGAAACCCAAGGAAAAAGUCCCCGCAGUUUUGAUAUCAAAGGAUUUCAUCGAAUAUUUGAAGCAUAAGGAAAACGAAAAGCUGCGUUUGGAAACGGAGAAGGCUGAUCGGCAGAAGCAGCGAGAGGUAAAGAAAUUGGAAAAACAGAAACAGGAAGAAGAAAAGGAAAAGGCAAUGCAGGAACGGAAGUUGGAAAAGCAGCGAAAAGAAAAAGAAAAGGAAAAGGUGAAGUUGGACAAAAUUUUGGAGAAGCAGAGAAAGGAAGAAGAAAAGGAGAAGCGGAAAUUGGAAAAGCAGCAAAACGAAGAGCAUAAGAAGAAGCGAAAGACGGAAAAACAAUCGGCAAUUAAAACACGGAAAAUUGAGAAAGCGAAGAAAGAGGGAAGAGGAACGACCGAUUAAUUCUCUUGCGACGAAUUUCAUUUUUAAGUUUUAUUUCCCCACAUGUUGAAUGAUAAUUUAAAAACUUCGCCAUAACAGCGAGCUGAGGAUGAAUUGUUGAACAAAUCAAAUAGUUGUGUUUAGUCCAAGACGCAAUAAAUUAUGAAUUUAAAGAAAAGUUUUGAUUUUUUUUUAUGCGCGUCGGCGACUGAGUCACAAAGUGUUAGACUAAGGGACAAAUGUGUUUCUUCAUGUCGGUAAGUGGAACAAAGUGCAUCAUCGAAGAAUUAUACGUAUUUUAAUUAAAUGCAUGCAGAUUAUGAUAAUGUAAUGAAUUUAUCGAAAAGCGGAUGAAACUAUAUGUCCGAUAAAAUGUAAGGUAAGUGCGUCAGUUGAUACUUUCAACCAUUUUUAUAUCAAUCAAAUUGUAACUAUCGUAAACCCGUCAGGGACCGGUGCAGUAACGUU